UGCAGUCACUUCCUACUGAUUUGGUCCGGAGCAGACUGACUCUGCUGUAUCAUGUCGUCUUAGUUAAGGCUCCACAGACUGUACCCGCCGCAGCAAACAUGUUGUUUCGGUAUAAAUCUAACCGCUGUGCGCCUCUGAAGCCGGGCCUCUGGUUCGUGGUCUGUCUGGGAUGUUUGCUGGUCCGGUCCGGAGCAGGGGAGGACACCAGGACCAGCAGCACCACCAGCAGCAGCAGCCUGUGGUACCAGGACCUCUGCAGUUAUAAAUGGAAAGCUGUCGACCGCGAUAACAAAGUGAGCUACACGCUGAAGCUCUGCGAGUCUUCACCACCGACUGCCUGCGGCCCCGGCACCGCCGUCUGCGCCCAGACCCUCGGCACCGACACUAAAAAGUCUGUGGGUGAAUUGUCACAGCAGAGGCUCUCCGGCCUGGUGCUGGAUUACAACAGCACAGAAAAAUGUCCAGGAAGCGACAACAAUAUACAGACCAGCAUCAGCUUUCAGUGUGGGAAAACCAUGGGCACCCCAGAGUUCGUCGCCGUGUCUCAGUGUGUGCAUUACUUCGAGUGGAGGACCUACACAGCCUGCAAGAAAGAUAAAUUCAAGCCGCACAAAGAGGUGCCCUGCUACGUGUUCGACUCGGACGGGAAGAAGCACGACCUCACCCCUCUGAUCAAAGUGAGCGAUGGUUAUCUGGUGGACGACGGUGACGACAACGUCGACUUCUACAUCAACAUCUGCCGCAGUCUCAGUCUCAACCAACCAGAUAAAUCCUGCCCAGAGGGCUCUGCAGCUUGUUUGGUCACCAGCCAAGGCUCCUUCAACAUGGGCUCUCCGACCGGACCACUAGAGCUCGUGGACAGCGACAGUCUGAGGUUACAGUACGCGUUGAGUCCCGGUUCGUCUCGUCCAGAAAUGUGCAAAGACCACGAUCCUGCCGUCACCAUCACGUUCACCUGUCCGUCAAGCAGGCACUCGGGCAGCACUCCAAAGAUGACGGCAGAGUCGAACUGUCGUUACGAGGUGGUGUGGGUGACUGAAUACGCCUGCCACAGAGAUUACCUGGAGAGCCACACCUGUAAACUCACCAGCGACCAGCAUGACAUCUCCAUAGACCUGACACCUCUCACCUCGACCGCCUCAGAUCAUCCAUACUACGCACACUCUGACCCCAGCGACGGCGCCGACAGCUACGUCUACUACCUGAACGUGUGUGGACACAUCCUCAACGGUGAAUGCGGCAACGACGAGGUGGUAUCGUCCUGCCAGGUGAAGAAGAACGGAGACGUGAAGAAAGUGGCGGGAAGAAAUCAGAACCAGACGUUACGUUACUCAGACGGAGAUUUGACUCUGAUCUACCCCGACGGCGACAAAUGCUCCAGUGGCUUCCAGAGAAUGACCAUCAUCAACUUUGAGUGCAACAAGAACGCAUCCAACGGAGGCCGAGGGAACCCGGUGUUCGCGGGAGAGACGGACUGUACGUAUUACUUUGACUGGGAGACGGCCUUCGCCUGCGUCAAGGAGAAGGAGGAUCUGCUGUGUCGGGUCAGAGACGGCAACAAACACUACGACCUCUCACCCCUCACGAGAUACCUGGGGUCAGAUGGAAACUGGGAGGCCGUGGACGCCAACUCUCCGAAGCCGGACUCGCGUUUCUACCUGAACGUCUGUCACAAAGUCAUCCAGACGGGAGGCGCCGCCGGCUGCCCGGUGAACGCCUCCAUCUGCGCCGUUGAUAAGAAUCACGGAGCCAUCAGCCUGGGCAGCUUCCUCUCAUCUCCACAGAAGACGAAGAUAGGAAACGACAUCAGACUGGUGUACACCGAUGGAAAUUUCUGUGUCCACAAAAAGACGAGGAUCAGAACCGUCCUGACCCUCAAGUGCAAACCAGGAGAUCUCGAGAGCGCUCCUGUGCUUCGCGGCGUCUCAUCCGACGGAUGCGUGUAUGAGCUGGAGUGGUACACCGCCGCCGCCUGCGUCCUCUCGAAAACACAGGGUGACAACUGUAAGGUGGAAGACCGUCAGGCCGGUUUCUCCUUCGACUUGUCGCCUCUCUCCAAAAAUGGCGGCUUCUACAACCUGACCAGUGGAAACUACGACUACUACAUCAACGUUUGCGGUCCCGUCAAAGUUCCCAGCUCUAACUGUCCUGAAAAGGCCGGAGCGUGCCAGGUGGAGAAGAGUUCUUGGAGUCUCGGGGAAGCGAACUCUCGUCUGUCUUACUACGACGGCCUGAUCCAGCUGACCUACAGUAACGGCUCCCAGUACAACAACAAAGAACACACCCUCAGAUCCACUCUCAUCUCCUUCCUCUGCGACCCAGAAGCUGGAGCUGGAAACCCCGAAUUCCAGGUUGAGGACAGUUACACAUACAACUUCCGCUGGUACACAUCCUACGCAUGUCCUGAAAGGCCUCACGAGUGUUUGGUGACAGAUCCCAAAACUCUUCUGCAGUACGACUUAUCCAGCCUGUCUCGCUCCUCCACCAACAGCAACUGGCAGGCCAUGGAUUUGUCCGACCCCUUGAACCUGAAGAAGUACUACAUCAACAUCUGUCGGCCUAUCAGCGCCGUGCCGGGCUGCGACCGCCACGCGUCCGUCUGCCAGAUGAAAUACGUAACGCAGCAGGGCUCUUCAAAGGAAGUCGUAUCAGUCAGUAACAUGGGUAUCUCCAAGCGAGGGCCAAUCAUCGAGGGCCGGGACCGGCUGCUGCUGGAGUUCACCGACGGCUCGGUCUGCAUGUCCGACGGCCAGAAACUCAGCUACACGACACGCAUCCACCUGGUCUGCUCCAGAGGAACUGUGUCCAUGGGCCCGCGGUUCCUCAUGUACCAGAACUGCACCGCCAACUUCAUGUGGGAGACCAGAGCAGCCUGCGCCAUCAGCACCACCAAGAACAACAGCUGCGCUGUUGUCGACCCCAACACUGGAUUAGAGUUAAACCUGCAGCUUCUGGCCUCAAAGACCGGAUACAAGACACAUGCAAAUGGAAAGGACUUCCUGGUGAAUAUCUGCUCAGAUGUGGCUGAAUGUGGACAGGGCAUGGCUGGCUGUGAGCUGGAGGACAGUCACCCCUCCAGCCCGGUGGGGGUGGAGAAGACCCUCCAGUACUCCACCGACGGUCUGCUCAAACUAACCUACAAGGGACCGCUGGACGAUCCCACAGCGACUCGAGACACCUUCACCAUCAACUUCGUGUGCGAUCCAAACUCUCACCCCGGCUCGUUAAAACUGGUGCGAGAGGAUCUGAGCUCUCUGCCCAGCCACGUGGUCCAUGACGUCCUCUUUGAGUUCUCCACGGCUCUGGCCUGUAUCCCUGCUCCAGUUGACUGCCAGUUCAGCGAUUCCCAAGGUAACAAGUACGACCUGAGCCACCUCAUCCGGGAUAGCAGCGACAGCCCCUGGAUCGCCAUAGAAACAGAUAGGGUCAAAUCACGCACCUUCUUCAUCAACGUCUGCAAACCUCUGCCUCCUCUCCAGGACUGUCCAGUCGGUCCUCUGGGCGCCUGCGGUGUGAUUGAUGGGAAACAUUACAACCUGGGAUACAUCCAGUCGACGCCGCAGGUGGCGGAGGGCGGCUCCAUCAGCAUCAUGUACCAGAACGGAGACCCGUGUGGUCCCACGUCCCGCUACUCGACACGCAUCAUCUUAGAGUGCGACGACAACCCGGGUUCCCCCAUGUUUGACCGUGAAGAUGGUUGUGAGUACGUCUUCAUCUGGAGGACGUCUGAGGCCUGUCCCAUCAGGAAGACUCAAGGUGACAACUGUCGGGUUCGUGACCCCAAAACUGGCUACGAGUUCGACCUGAGCUCUCUGAAGGGGAGAGAUUACCCUGUCAGGAACGAUAAAUACAUCUACCACCUGUCGGUCUGCGGGGGGCUCCAGAGAGACGUUUGCUCCGGCAAAGACACCGGCGGCGAGUCGGUCUCCUCCUGUCAGGUGGAUGGAGGCAGCCACAAGAUCGCAGGAAUGGCAAACCAGGUUCUGAGCUACGUGGGAGACCAGCUCAUCCUGAACUACACCAACGGAGAUACCUGUCAUAAGAUUUACACACGGUCCACAGAGAUUUUCUUCUCCUGCCACCCCGACAGACAUCCCGGAACUCCAGAGUUUAUCAAGGAGACUCCAGACUGUACCUACAUGUUCAGCUGGCCCACCGCUCUGGCCUGUGUCCCAGUCAAAACCACCAGCUGCUCCUACAGUGACGGUCAGGGCCACUCGUACGACCUCUCCACUCUGGCUAUGGACUCUCGAAACUGGGAGGUGGAGCCCUCUACAGUGGACACGACGAAACGAUUCUACAUCAACGUCUGCAGGUCGCUGGUGCAGCAGGAAGGUCUGUGGAAGUGUCCCUCCAGCGCGGCGUCCUGCGUGAAGGUCGGAGACGAGUACAUAAGUCUGGGGCAGGUGGAGUCCGGUCCCACGUGGGACGGAAAUGUCCUGAAGCUGCAGUACACCAGCGGCCAGGCCUGUCCCGACGGACGCCGCAACAGGAGCAGCAUCAUCCGCUUCAAGUGUGACAAAGACAGAGUGGACUCCCGGCCCACUCUGAUCUCCGCCCUUGAGGACUGUGUCUACACCUUCCUGUGGUUAACAGCCGCUGCCUGCCCACUAAACAGCACCCAACACGACAACUGCAGGGUCACCAACCCAGCUACAGGUCAUUUGUUCGACCUGAACGCCCUGACAAAGGACGGCGGAUACACCGUCUACCACCACCAGGAUCACAGGAAGAUGUUCCGCAUGAACAUCUGUGGAAGCAUCACCAACUCUGGAUGCGGCCCUGACACCGCUGUGUGUAUUAAAGACGCCAGCACAGCGGUGAGCGGCGGUCAGGUGAACAAGCAGCUCUCGUACAAGGAUCAUGUUGUGGAGCUGACGUAUGAAGGAGGAAGUCCCUGCGCAGCAAACCCCAACCUCAAACAUAAAACCAUCAUCCAGUUCAUCUGCAGGCCACCUAACAUGGCCUCAGCCCCUCCAGAACCGGUCCUCGUUGACUCAGACGCUGAAACCUGCACACACUUCUUCUCUUUCCACACACCGCUGGUCUGUGAGCAGCCUGUAAAAUGUUCAGUCCAGAAUGGCUCCGCUCUGAUAGACCUGACUCCUCUGAUUCAUGUCAAUGGAUACUACACAGCAACAGAUGAGGCCGUGGACCAAAGUGAUGGAUCUCCAGACUUCUACAUCAACAUCUGUCUGCCUCUAAACCCCAUCCCCGGUGUCACCUGCCCCGCCGGAGCUGCCGUCUGUAUGGAUCCUGACAGCGGACCCCCAGUGGACAUUGGACGGACCACCAGCGGUCCUGAGAUCAACAGUGAAACCGGUGAGGUAUCCAUCACCUAUCACAGCUCCACCAAGUGCGCGGCCGACCCUGAGCAGAACUACACCUCCACCAUCAUCUUUACCUGCCAGAGAGGCCUGGAGCUGGGCUCUCCACAAAUGCUGAGGCUGCAGGAAUGUGUCUAUUUGUUCGAGUGGGCGACGCCAAUCGUCUGCUCAGACGCCACCAACACCAGCGACUGCCACCUCACCGACUCCCAGCUCCAGUUCACCUUCGACCUCUCGGCCCUCAGCGGUGAAGUCCAGGUUCAAGGGCCUUCCAGCGUCUACCACAUCAACGUCUGCAGCUCAGUGGCAGAUCCGGCCUGUAAGCAGAGUGCGGUUUGCCAGGUGUCUGGUUCCGGCUCGGACAAGUUGGCUUCAUCAUUCGGCAUCAGCAGGGCCAUGACGAUGGACUUCAAACACGAAGAGCAGGCCGUGCUGAUGCAGUACGGUGGAGGAGAUCCCUGCCCACCAGUGACAAAUGAGGGUGAAGUGUGUGUGUUCCCCUUCGUUCACCUGAAGAAGUCGUACACACAGUGCACCAAUGAGGGAAUGACAGACGGCAGGAAGUGGUGUGCCACCACCGCCAACUAUGACACAGACAGGAAGUGGGGCUUCUGCAAUGAAGCCUCUGGUAAACGUCAGUCCUCCAUACUCUUCACCUGCGACCAGUCUGCAGGCCACGGCUCCCCACAGCUGCUCUCAGAGACGGCGGGUUGUUCGGCCACUUUCCAGUGGAAGACCAACGCCGUCUGUCCGCCGAGGAAGAUGGAGUGUAAGCUGGUCAGCCAGCAUCAGACGUUCGACCUUCGAACACUGUCCUCCCUCACUGAGCCGUGGAAGUUCAGCCACAAAGGAGACUCGUAUUUCAUCAACCUGUGUCAGGGGAUACACGGAGGGUUGACAGGUUGUCCAGAAGGAGCGACGGUGUGUCGACGCUCGGCAGCAGGACAGACUCAGACCCUGGGCCGAGUUUACACCCAGAAAAUGAGCUACAGCAACGGAAAGAUCCACGUCAGUUAUUCAGCGGGAGAUGACGUCUGUGGUAACGGCGUGAAGGCGAAGACGGUGUUCGAGCUGAGCUGUGGCUCCACUGUCGGACACCCAGUGCUCAUCAGAGUCGACCAGGCAUCGUGUGAGUUUGUGAUUGGUUGGGAGACUCGGUCGGCGUGUGCGGUGAAGCAGCGUGAGGUGGAGAUGGUGAACGGGACGAUAAAGGUCCCUGACACCGGAGCCAGCCUCAGCCUGGGCGAGCUCUACUUCAGCCACCAUCAGGCAUCUGGAGACAUCCGUCCCAACGGCGACCGCUACAUCUACCACAUCCAGCUGUCCGGCAUCACCAACGACUCCCUGCCCAGCUGUCUCGGCGCCAACAUCUGCCAGGUGAAGCUCAACGCACCCUACAGACGCAAGAUUGGCUCCUCCAGCAAAGCCAAGUACUACGUCAAAGGAGGAAACCUGGACGUCAUGGUGCCCUCGGAGUCCAAGUGCGGCCGUGAGAAAACCAAUAUGGUGUCGUCCACCAUCAUGUUCCACUGUAACCCGUCGGCAGGCAUCGGCAUCCCCGAGUUCAUGCUGGAGACGGACGGGUGCCAGUAUCUGUUUGUGUGGCACACGAACGCUGUGUGCGGUCUGACGACUGUCGACACGCAGUCGUUCGACGGCAGCGACGCUCCAGCUCUCUCCAGGCGGAGUCAGGCGCUGGGGGUGGUGCUGAGCCUCCUGUUGGUGGGUGUGUCCGUCUGUCUGCUGGGACUCCUGCUCCACAAGAGAGAGAGGAGGGAGCUGGUGAUCCAGAAGGUCGCUGGCUGCUGCAGGAGAGGAAACCAAGUCUCCUAUAAAUACUCCAAGGUCAACAUGGACGAAGACGCCGGCGAGGAGGAGAUGGAGUGGCUGAUGGAGGAACUCGAAGCCCCUCUCACGUCCUCUUCCUCCUCCUCCCACCGGGGCAGGAGUAACCACAGCAACGGCCACAUCACGACCAAGCCGGUGAACACGGACGGCCUGCGUUCGUUCACGCUGGACGAGCAGGACGAUGACGACAGCGAGGACGAGGUGCUGAGCGUCCCCGGGGUGAAGGUGGUCAAAUCGUCCGGGCUGUCGAGGCACUCGACGGCUCAUCGUAGCGCCUUCCUACAGGAGGAGAGCGACGAGGACCUCGUCGGCCUCCUCGACGACUCGGACCGGAAGAGGAAGAGCAGCAAACCUCGCUCCUCGGGCCUUAAUCACGGUAACAACACGGCAGCCAACAGGAAACGGGACGAGGACGACAGUGACGAGGACCUCCUCAGGGUGUGAUGUCACUUCCUCCCUCCCGCGUCCCACACAUCUCCCAUCCUAUCUGAACUCUUCUCUCUCAGUGAAUGUCUCCACAAUAGCAACAACAACAGUGAAAUACCAACAACAUAUUGGAAGCAGAAACCUUUCCUCUGUUUUGGGGAUUUUUUUUUUUUUUUUUUUUUUUGGACUGCACCUUUACUCAGACUCUCUCCAGUCCACUGUCUACAGACUGUCGAUGUUAGCACAUGGUUAUUUAUUGAUAGCUGAUUAUUUAAAGUGUUCUUCAGGCCAUUCGGACCUGCGCUCUAUUUUCUCAUAUUUUCUUUUUAUAAUUCUGAUUUGAAAUAAUCUCAGUCUCACCACAUUUAUCUAAUAAACACCCGACAGGCCAGUUCAGACUUUAAAAAUUCACCCCAGAGGCACAAAAAAACACCUUUCUGAAGGUAUUGACUCUGCAAUGAGGCAUGUCAGUGAAAACGUCAAUGAAAAUUAUAUUUAUCUUUUCUUCUAGUGUUUUCAAAUGAAGCUGUGCCAUUGCUUUAGCACUUUAUCGUAGCAUUGAUUAACUGAAAAUGAUGCGUUUCAUUGCAGACUGGGGCUUUUAGGGUUAAUUUAUGGUUUGGUCUCUAACGUCCACUGGCCCAUCAGGGCUGUAUUAGAAAACUGUGGUGAAAUAUAACGUUAAUAAGCAAUUUUUUUGGGGCAAAAAAACACAAAGCUAUCAAAGAAAAUAAGAGGAAACUGGUUUCAGUUCUCGGGAUGUAGGCGGUGAAGGUGUCGGCUUGUGUCGUUUCUAAAGGGAAUGAAGACGCCCGUUUGUCUUUUCUUGCUGUUUACAGUUGCUAUAAUAGCAGAUAAAUAUUUUUUUCUCUUUCUUUCCCCUCGAAAAGAAAGCACGAUGCCUUCCCGAUGAUGAAUUUACUUUGCAUUUUCAUCAGCGAAUCAUGUCCGGCGACAGAUUGAGUUGUCUUGUUUUGAUCAGAGACAUUGUACAUAGACGAUAAUGUUCUAUAAUAUGGACUUUUUGUUUGUUUGUUUGUUGUCUUCACUGGUGAAUUGCUCACACAUUUGUUUUUAUGAUUAUUUAAAUGGUUGUCUGAGCUGAUUAUCUGUAUGUGUUUCUGUCCUGUGCGGAAAAUAGCGGUGGCCUUAAAGUGUGAAUGGACGGUCGAUGGAGAUGACGGAGGUUGAAAGUGAAACUCGAGUUGUUAGUUUAGGUUGUGUUGGUUUUGAAUCCCUCCCUCCCGCUAAAGCCAUAUUUCUUCAGCUGCCACUGGCACUAAUGUAUUGGAAGUUUGGGAAUUUAUUUCCGCUUGCUCGCUCUUGUACAGUUUUCAGGUCUGCGACGGAGGAUGUUGCUGUGUCAAAAGUGAGAUUUUAACUCGGUAAAGCCAAGUUUUGUUUGUGCCGAAAACAGCCCUUUUUAGCCAAAUGCAUGUUGACGAUAAAUUAAGAGAAAGAAAUGAAGCAUUAAUAUAUCAAGAAUGCAGGAAGUCGGCUUAUAUUUAACAUGUUUUCUGCUCAGUAAUUGUCACAGAAGAUGUCAGUGAUGACAGAAGACCCGGUCUGUGGUUUCGUUUCUUCGUAAAUAUAAAAUCAAACUGACUCCAGUGUUUCCACAAAACAGUAUAAGCACACAGAGUAUUCGGGUGCUGUCCCACUCACAUGUUGUUUUCAUCCAUCCCCACCAAAGCUGCUGUUUUAAAGGUGGUGUCUUCACAGUUAGAAAACACAGAAAUAUCUCACCCUUUCACCCCGGUGUAGUUUUGGUAAAAUAUUUAGAGGCGUUGGUAUAGAACAGAUCAAACUGCAGAUAGAACUGAUCAAACAGUAAAUGGACUUUAAUUGAUUAACUGAUUACUUGACAGAAAAUGAAUCUGCAACAGUUUUGAUGAUCUGUUAAUUGUAAUUUAGCAGCAAAAAUACCAAAACUUAUCUAGUUUCAGCUUCUUAAAUGUGAUGAUAUGAUGGUUUUUAUCAUUAUAAAUUCGAUUUCAUUGCAAUUGACCAAUGCAAUGACAAUCAUCACAUUUAGGCAUUUUUCAUUAGUUUUGAAGUUUUGUAAAUUAUCCAUCAAUGGAGGAAAGAGGUGACCAACAGAUUAUUUGUUAAUGAAAAUAAUCUUUAUCUCUUUUGGUGAAUUCUUACACCUUCUGUUUGUUCUGUCUGAUAAAACUGCAACUCUUCUGAUAAAUGGGACAUUUCAAGGUAUCUCAUUACAGAUGGUGUUGUCACCUGGUCAACAAUCCACCGACUGAUUGAACCAUUUAAACACACUCAUGGUGAAUUUACAACCUGGGGAGACGAUCUGUUGAACAGUAGACAGACAUUUACCAUUACAGUAAGUUGUGCACUUACACAGACUGUAUGUUUAUUAUAUAAUGUUCUACAGUACGAAGGGCAGUGACGGUAAAGUCACUUUUCUCAGUAUUCAAUCCACAGAAACUAAAGUUAUUAAACAUGAUGUCGUUGCUAAAAUCUCUUUACCAAUCAACAAAGAAGGUUCACCAUUCAGGGUAUUUCUAAAGCUUUGUACACAAAUUUGUUAAAUACGUUUUUGUAAGAUGCCACUUGUCUAAAACACAGACAAAAAACAAAAAAGUAUCUCAAACUGGAAUUUACAUCAGACAGUAUUUUAUAUGGACGAGUUUGGGUUGUGCCAUAAAAGUGAAAUUUAACACAAAUAAAUGUAAGACAUCAUCAUAUUCUGGUCCCUCUGCUACAGGUUUUAUUAUCAGAGAUCACAAACUAAAAUGGUGGCAUUUAUUGACUCCACAAGGAGCAAGCUUUGUUUACAUCUUGAUCUGAAAUCUCACAAAACAUUUUAUCUGUAAAUUGUUAAAGAUCUUAGUAGAAUAACCAUAUCAUUAAGCUACUGAUCUGGAUUUAUGAGGUGUAUUAUCUAAAAGAACAGAAAGAAGAACAGUAAAAUAACUGCAAUGAAAUGUCAGGAAUCCAUAACUUAAAUAUGAUCCAGCAAAAGUUGAUUGAAAUUGAGACGGUUGCUUGCAGACUUUACAUUUCUAUUUUAAAUGUUUUCAUUUAUUCAGCAUGUGAAGUUUUUGAAAAUUCAACCUUUUUUGCUUCACAAUCUUGACCCUGAUCAGAAGGAGGUUUGAACUGGAGUAAAAACCAUCUACUUGUGUUUGGCACUCAUCUCUCCUGAGGAGAAAUGGUAGCGCUCCUCGUUACAGAGAAGCAGAUGGUACCAUUUACUAUGUGAAGUCCUUUUCCAUCAUUGCAUUAAGUCUGUUUCUGCUGUAUUUAGCACCAAAGUUUGUGUGGCUCCUCUGCAUGGUACUGUACUGAACCUUCUCUUACCCAUAAAGACAUGAAUGGAUGUUCUUGUGCUUUUUGUUGUCACUGUUCUGGGUAAUGUGAAACUAGUCAGAUUAAGAGUUAAAUUCAGAAGCUGAUAAACAAGCUAGAAGAUAACAGUGACUAAAAAAGCACAAGAAGCUAAUUUGCUGUGAUGAUUUGGUACUAUGGGAGAUUGUUAUUAUGUUUUAGUUGGUGUAAGUUAUGUUGUCUGAUAUGUUUUUCAGCUCUUUGCCUGUUUUUCCUAUUUAAAAAAAAAAAAGUUGAUGUAAAAAAUAUUGCAUUAUUUGAAUAAAUAAGAGAUCCGCUGUUUA